UCUCGGGAGGACUAGCAGUUUGGAGCGAGGACGGGCUGAGGAUGGACGCGUUACCGCUGCUCUGCCUGCUGGGGGUCUUCUGCUCACUGGCGCUAGCGAUUGAUAAAGCUGUUCCUCCUGAAGACCUCGACGCUUCUGGAGAUGAUGAGGAUCUCUCAGGCUCAGGAGAUGAUGGUUUAUUUGUUGAUGUGGAUUCUAAGGAUGUAGCUGUGUUCUCUACGCCCGUCUCCACUCUGGUACCCACCAUGGAAGGCUCUACAAAGGCUCAGGAGCCAGAGAUCGUUGAUAAGGAAGAAACUAAACUGGAAGAUGCCACAGUGUCUACUGAAACCACUAAAACACACAAUCCCUUCAUUGAAGAUCAGGUUGAAGUUGAUGCAGGUGACAAAGAAGCAACCGCCUCUCCAUUCCAGCAGACCUCUACAGCUGAAAUCCUGGGAGAAAUUGACACAAGGAAACACAACCACAAUCAUCAUCCUCAUCCUCACCAUCAUACUACCACAUCUAGUACAACUCUUCCCUCAGAUUCAGAUAGACCUGAUGAUGAUACAAUACAUAUUCCUCUUAAAGUGGAUAAGCCACAUGAUUUGCCUGUAAACACAACCACUGGUACACUAGAUGAAGCGUCUGAAUCACUUCAUGUUCCCCAGGAGCUGACCACUCCUGUUGAGGAUUUGGCUAAGCAUGGCGUUCUGCAUGAAGACACCAUUUCCGGCUCUACCAGUACUUAUGCAGCUACUGAAGAAGCUAAUGUAGAUCCACUAGAUGCUGAUAAACAACCAGCUUUGGAUAGUUUUGUAACUACAACUGUGGCUGAACAUACGCACAAAGAUCAUCCUCAUCCUCAUCCUCAUCAUCCUCAUCCUCAUCACCAUCAUCCAACAACUAAAAGUUCACUUGAUGAAUCAGAAUUUCAGGAAGAAGUGACCACAAGGCCCUCUGAUACGAUUAUACUGGGUGAAGGUGAUGUAAAAGAACGUACAACUACUGUUGCAGAGGAUGAACAUCCUCAUCACCACCACCACCAUCAUCAUCAUCAUCCGAAAACUACAAGUUCAUUUGAUGAAUCAGAAUUUCAGGAAGAAGUGACCACAAGGCCCUCUGAUACAAUUAUACUGGGUGAAGGUGAUGUAAAAGAACGUACAACUACUGUUGCAGAGGAUGAACAUCCUCAUCGCCACCACCAUCCCCAUCAUCCGAAAACUACAAGUUCAUUUGAUGAAUCAGAAUUUCAGGAAGAAGUGACCACAAGGCCCUCUGAUACGAUUAUACUGGGUGAAGGUGAUGUAAAAGAACAACGUACAACUACUGUAGCAGAGGAUGAACAUCCUCAUGAUCCUCACCACCACCACCAUACUCGUCACCAUAAAACUACACCCAGUACUACAGAACCUGAACAGCCCCAUGAGGUCCACACACAUGAACCAAAGGGCAGAAGAGUCAAUGUUCCAGAUGUUAGAAGCACCACUGCUGUUCCAGAAAAGGAUGACUUCCUCAGCUCUACAGUUCACUGUAAUGACUCUGGGAAUCCCUUUGAUGAAAUUGAUGACACUUUAGACUCUAAGGAGGAAGGACCAUCAGGGGUAGCAGAUCAGGAUAUGUUUUUUGAAGCAACUGUUCCAGCCUUAAAUAGGGGAAUAUCUAACGCUCCAGCUUCUGAUGAAGGUACCCCUGGCGCCUCACAAGGGAUCAUGGAAAGGAAAGAACUUCUUGCAGGAAUCAUCGCAGGUGGAGUGGCUGGUUUGGUGUUUGCUGCGUGCCUGGUUGCGUUUGUAUUGUACAGGAUGAAAAAAAAGGAUGAAGGAAGCUACUCUCUGGAGGAACCAAAACAGUCCAACGGUGGAUAUCAGAAACCAAGGGAACAGAGGGAAUUCUAUGCAUAGUCCAGCAAAAGUCUUCACAUUCCAGUUGAGAUAUCUGCCUCUACUUCUUUGUUCUCAACCCACAGCUUUUGCUCUGUGGCUUUUUUUUGUUUCAAAGGACUACUACUGGACAUUAUUUAUGGAGAAAGUAUUCACCGUGCCUUUCCGCAGCACAGUGCCUCUAAAGAAGGCCACAAGUUACAGACUCCUUUCAGCACAUUGUCACAGAGCAUGUCUGACUCUGACCCUCUUCAGGAGGAAAGUUCCUUCAGUGCAAACCUGUCCCCCACCUUCCUCUGCCAAAAAACAUGACUUCUCAAAUGCCUUUGCUUGGAUUGUAUGUAGAUAUUAAUGGACUUUAUUUUUUAUUUGUUUCCCUUGUCCCCGAAUCUAUAAAACGGUACAAAAAUCUAGUUUAUUUAGAACUCCACAACAGCACUUAAGAUGUGUUACGUUCAAAAUGCUGAGCAAAACCUUACAUUCUUAACACUAAGCCCUACCAUAUGUCCAGGUUGGUUCUCUUGGUUCCGCACAUCUAAAGCAACCCUGUGGUUUUAAAUGUGCUCGGUUUUGUUUUCCUUCAUUUAAUAUUUGUUUUUAUUCUUUUACUUUUUGAUGCUUUAAACUGCCACAUCUAUUUAUUCACCUGUUUUUGUCAAUGAUCCAAGAAACGGCAAUGAUUUGAAAUGUGCACCUUUUUCAAUUCCUAGUUUUAUAUCUUCUUGCACUAGCCUGUUAAUUUUUCCUUUUUAACAAUUUUUGAUCGGUUUGCUGUUUUUUGUUAAAUUCAAUGUUUCCAACAAAAUGUUCGUUAUUUUUAGGAUUUCCUGACUAGUAUGCAGUGCCAACCUUAAUGUAUAUGAUGUUACGGCUUUUUUUUUUUUAUAUAGAUCUGUAUAUUUUUGCUGUAAAUGUUUGAGCAGGUUUGGAGAUUUAAGUGUUUUAGAGGCACUAGUGGUUAAAAUAUGAAAGUUGCGAGUAGCAAGUGCAACGGUUGUCGUGUGUCUGAAAAGCGUCAAAUAAAUGGUGGAAUAUCUUGUAAUUCCAAAGAUUUGCUUUCAACAAACUUCUUUUAGAAGUGGCUCCUGAAAAUGGACCCAAAAGUAAGUUGGAGAGACUAGGGUUAGUUUAGUAGCAGGUCUGCCCAUAUGGUUCUGAACAUCUGGAACGUUUUCGAGUUUGAGAAUCUUAUUUUAUUUUUAUUUUUUUUACUUUUUUAGACUGUGGAACAUCCAUCUGUAUUGCAGUGCUGUCACAGUGAAGGGAUAGGACCCUGUGACAAGAUUGAUGUAAUGCUGCUUUAAAGAGGGGUAUCUUAAGACUUGGGCUUAUCCCCCUAACCUAGGUUGGGUGAUAAGUUUCUGGUCAGUAGAGGGUCCAAACGUUGGGGCCACCUCAUGAUCCUGAAAAUUGGGGUUCUGCGUCUCCUCUGUAUGAGCAAAAGCAGCGCUCAUGCUAGCGCUCCAUUCAUCCCUAUGAGACUGCCUAAGAGGAGCAGAGUACAGUGCUCAUCCAUUUUUCAUUCCGUAGAGGUGAAUGGAGCGAAGCGUGUCUGCUCAACUGCCACUCCAGUCGUACAAAGGACACAAGACCCAGUUAUUGUGAUGGGGAAGGGGGGUCCUCGGCCUUGGUCCUACACCAAUCAGAUAGUUAUGACCUAUGCUGUGGGUAGGUGAUGAGUGUAAAUCUUGGGACAACCUCUUAGUAAAAUUUGUCUGCUCAUUGUGACAGUUUACCUUUUUCUAGGAAACGUUCAAGUUUAAAUUUGCGCAGCUUGUUACUUUUUUUUUUUUUUUUUUUUAUCAUCCAGAUUUUCUUUGAGCGGCUCCAUACAUUUUGACAUUCUUUGUGAAACUCAUUCUGUAAUGGUAAUUUACAGAGGAUUUCCACCAUAAUUUACUAAAUAAAUAAAAAAUCUGAUUAAUAAAACUGGUUAAGAGGCAAAGUAUAUUUCACAGCCUCUUUUCUCCUUCGCCACAGUCUGAGAUGGAUAUACUGCCACCUUUUAUAUGGAGCUGCCUGUCUCCGAUUGUACAACAGUAAUGGCAAGGAAGAGGCAACUGACUUCAAGAAUCUUUCAGCCAUACUAAUCAGAUUUUUGUAAAACAAGUAAAUCUGCUGUAGAUUUAGAAGCUCGUGACCUACGGUUCUUCUGGGUUAUACUAACCCUGCACACAUGGCCUUUAACCAGUAUUUAUAUGCUGAGCGAAUGGUGAAACCCAACCUGGAUGUAAUGCAUUUUUUUUUUUUUUUUUAUAUCCAUCUUUCAAGAGGUGCGCUCUUCCAAUUUUUCCAGGAGCCCUUCAUCUUUCAGUUUUAUGAUGCACUAGUUCUGUAAUCUAACAUACAAUUUAACGUUACCUUUGCAAUAUAUUUUUACAGCCACACUUAAAACUUAUUUCUACCUAAAAAUAAAUCCCUUGUCCAUAGGAAUCCAUAAGGGGUUUUCUUUUACCAGAUUGCUUAUUCUAUAAAUUUGAACCUUUGCAGAUUCCGUUAAAGGUUGACACCCGUUUCACAAUUGGAUUUGCCAUCGGAGGUUACAGGAGGACCUAGACCUGGCAUCACUCAGGAGCUUAUAUUUGGGAGUCUUUUGAUUUUUAAGGUUGAAAUGUGUAACAAUAGGAUGUUUAUAUCUGUAAAUAGGUUAAAAAAAAAGUCUUAGUAUUUUUCUAAUUGUCGUUUAUUUGCAUUCUCCCUGACCGUAUUUGGUGAAACCAGUCUUGGGAAAGCUAUGCUAUGUACUAAAACUAGAAGUGGGUUCUUCUAUCCAACUUCACAUUGGACUUGAAGAGACAAAGCGUAGGGUGCUAGGCAGUACUUGAAGACUCUAAUAGAUGUGUAAAUGGCGCCCAUGAAUGAGAAUGUUUGGACACUGGUCGCCUUGUAGUCUUUACCGCUCUGUGUCCUGCAUCUUGCACCUGAUGUGAGGUUAGAUAGGAGAAUCCAAUUAUAGUGACUCUAUGCUGGCUAUAAACAUUAGAUGACUGUUGGGUGGGCAGUCUCUUGGCCAGCUGCCUUCACCCCUAUAAGCUAAGGUGACACCCUUCUGUUAGCAACAUAUCUCCAGCAAGAACGAAGGUUCGGAUAUGUUGGCAUCAGACAUGCCUGAUCCUUUUUCACCUAUUAUCUUCCAGUGAUGGACAAUAAGGAGGCCUCAUUCCUUCAAGCCUGUCCACCCCAUGUACUUUCGGUCACUGGAUGAUCCUACUGCAGGGAUGCUUAACCUGCGGCUUUCCAGCUGUUUCAAAACUACAACUUCCAGCAUGCCCUAAUAGCAUUAGGCUGUCCAGGCAUGCCGAGAGUUGUAGUUCUGCAACAGCUGGAGGGCUGCAGGUUGAGCAUCCCUGUCCUACUGGGUUCAGUCAACGGUUAUCUAAUGUGUAUGGUCAGCCUUCAAACCUAAAGUAAUGCAGUAAUGAGCGCUCACAUCUCAGGGAUAAAUGCACAAGAGACGAGCAUUAAGCAAAGUUUGCCUUUUUUAAUUUUUGUUGUUUUGGAAACCUGCCGAAUGUAGACUUUGCCUCUUUUCCCAAAAACAGCGCUGCAUUACGUUCCGUACGUGCCUUCACAACGCUAGUCACAAUACACAGCUUCUGAUUUACUUGUUCUUGUCUGUAGACGCUACGUUCUUCUAAUAUGGCAAUGUUUAAGGAACCAAUUGAUUUGUACCCAUGUGACUUGUUUCUGUAACAUGUUGUAAGGGUAAAAUGCAAUAAAAUUUUACUUUGAGAAAA